AUGACCGACGAUAAAGAAAUGUCAAACGAAAAUUCCAAAGACGCGACUACCUCGACGACUUUACAGUUUACAGGAUGCAGUCCGUUAUCGGAUUACGAGAUCCUUGAUAAACUUGGAGAAGGAACAUUUGGUGAAGUCUAUAAAGCCCGGAGACAUAAAGAUGCUCAGCUUUAUGCGCUGAAAAAAAUUCUCAUGCAUAAUGAACGUGAAGGUUUUCCAAUUACUGCUUUGCGUGAAAUUAAAAUUAUUAAAAAUUUAAAUCACCGUAAUGUGAUUAAUAUUUCUGAUAUGGCCAUCGUACCGGGCAAUCGCAAGCAUAGAAAACGAGGCUCUAUUUAUAUGGUAACACCGUACAUGGAUCAUGAUCUUUCUGGCCUCUUAGAAAAUCCUUCCGUGCAGUUUUCGGAAGCUCAAAUCAAAUGUUAUACAAAACAAUUGCUUGAAGGUACUAAAUACCUUCACGACUCUCACAUCCUCCAUCGAGAUCUGAAGGCCGCAAACUUGUUGAUUGACAACAAGGGAGUCUUGAAGAUUGCAGAUUUUGGUCUUGCAAGAGUUUUCACCGAGGAUAGCUACACGGGCAGCCCGAAUGCAAAUCCGGCAAAACGAAGAGAGUACACAAACUGUGUGGUGACUCGAUGGUACAGAGCUCCUGAACUUCUUUUGGGUGAAAGACGUUACACGACAUCGAUCGAUGUUUGGAGUAUUGGCUGUAUUUUGGCUGAGAUGUACAAGGGAAAGCCAAUUUUGCCGGGAACCAGUGACCUUGACCAGCUCGACCGCAUCUUCCGCCUGUGUGGAACAGCCACACAGGCCACUAUGCCCAACUGGGAGAAGCUUCCUGGCUGCGAGGGUGUCCGCAGUUUCUAUAUGCACCCUCGAACUUUAGAAAGUGCUUUUCAUUCCUACGGACCACAAAUGGUUUCGUUGACAAGCCAAUUGCUCAAACUCGACCAAGAAGCUCGUAUCUCUGCGGCAGAAGCGUUAAAACACCCGUACUUCUACACAGAGCCUUACCCGGCCCGUCCAGAUGAGUUAGUCGCUUAUGCGUCUUCGCACGAAUAUGACCGUCGUAAGAAUCGAACAGCCGCGCAGGACGCUGCUAAUCGUCCACAAAAACCGUUCCGCUUUGCGACUCGUGGGCCUAAGGACCCGUACAUUGUUCGUGAUCGCUCGCACGACCAUCAUAGAAGAUCCUUUGAUGGAGAACGCAAACGCAAAUUUGGAUACGACUCUGACAGACGAGGUGGUCCUCGUAAUUACUAUAAUUCAUCACGAGACUACAAUGAUAGUAACCGUCCCAAUGCUCAAGACAACCAGCACAUGGAUGUCGAUGGCGACGGAAAACUCGAAACAGCAGGACCCGACAGAGGACCCGCCUCUUAUUCCUCAUCCCAAAACAACGGCCCUCAUGGUCGUGAAUCACGUUUCCGAGACCGUGAGUAUAUGAAUCCAAGACCACGGCGUUAUGGUGAUUAUGGAUCGCGCGAAAACGCUUACAAUCCUACACAUUCUACCUCAGAGAUCGAGUAUGUUGAUUCAUACAUUCCAUCCUAUUCACGCGCUUCUCGUUCCAACGUUUCGCAGGCACCAAAUGCCUCAGCUCAUCCGUGA